CCCACAUUGUCUGAAAGUUCGAUGGAGGAUAAACCUCAUGUGGAGGAUGGCAGCACCCGGCCACACUCUCCUCUCACCCAGGCCCACAUCUCAGGUGAUGAGAGCGAAGGAGAGGGGAACGAUGACCUCGCAGACUGGCACUCAACUCCAUGGCAUCCCAAACAAGCCGCGCUUUGUUCAUUUGGGAGUCAUUCUCUGGGUCACGGGGUCUUCACUUUUGAUCGACGGUUGCACCAUCUACGGUCUGCCAUGAGUGUCAUGGUGGAGAACCACCUCAGCGCCCAUCUGUGGAAGUAAGAACCACUUGACUUAUAUAUGUCCUGUCAUAAA